UGGACCAUUUUAAGCCGAAAAACAAAACAUCCGUAAGUGGUGUUGAGUAAGUCAGUCUGCACUGACGUAACUCGGGUCCACUGGAGUGGUUGCGUACACUUUACCGUAUAACUCGGCAGUUAUACCCGGGGUUUCACACGAUGCUGAGCGCUGCCGCCGCGGAGAGGAAUAAGGAGCCCAUCCUGGCUGUGCUCCGGGAGAGCGUGAACAUCGGGAGACCCCUGCAGGCUCUCGAGAUCUCCUCCGGUACCGGGCAGCAUGUUACACACUUUGCUCAGGCCCUACGGAAUAUAAUCUGGCAGCCUUCUGAAUACGACCGACAGUCCCUAGCGAGUAUAGAAGCGUACAGAGCUCACUACCAGCUGCAUAAUGUGAAACCAGUCAUCCACCUGGAUGCUUCUCUGCCCCAUCAGUACUGGGGAGGCAUCCAGCCACAGAGCCUGGAUCUGGUAGUCAACAUCAACAUGAUCCACAUCUCUCCCAUGGCUUGCACAGAGGGUUUAUUUAGAGGGGCUGGAGCUGUGCUGAAGCCACAGGGUCUUCUACUCACAUACGGGCCAUAUGCAGUGAAUGGUCAAAUCACUCCCCAGAGUAAUGUGGACUUUGACUACAGCCUACGGCGGAGAAACCCAGAGUGGGGACUCAGGGAUAUUUCCCUCCUCAGUUCUAUAGCACAACAAAAUUGUUUAUUCCUGGAGAAAAUAAUAGAUAUGCCGGCAAACAACAAGUGUCUCCUCUUCAGGAAGGAGAGUUUGGUGUGAGGGCUCUCAUCAGUGCUGUUCUGGAUGCUAACCAGUACUGGAGCAGGGCUGUCAAAACGCCUUAACUUAGACUUAAUGAUCAGUCACAGUGCCAAAAAAAUGUGACAAGCUAAUAGUGAAUCAUUUUCCCUAAUGUAAUACACAUCUACAUAAGAAAGUGUUCAGUCAGGACUGAAAUUAUGUAAUAUCUUAUACAACAUGCUUCUGUAUUGCACACUUGAGUAAAAUUAAUGAGGCUCCAAUAUAAA